AACUCGUGACAAUAAUAUAGGAUACAUUAUAAUAUAUGAAUCGCGACAAUAAAUACUGUGGCAACACUGUCAUCAUCUGAAAGGUCAUUCCAUGGCGGAAACAAGCUCCAUCAAUCCCCAAAAUGGCUUCUGCCCGCAAACCAAAACAUACCACAGCCUCCGCCCCGCCGUCCCUCUCCCGCCGCCGUCGCAGCACCUCUCCAUCUCCCAAUACGCCCUCUCCCUCCUCCACUCAACCGCCACCUCCACCACCCCCUUCCUCAUCGACGCCGCCACCUCCCGCCACCUCACCUACCCCGCCUUCCUCCGCCAAGUCGCCUCCCUCUCCGCCUCCCUCAAACCCCUCCUCUCCGAAAACGACGUCGCCUUCAUCCUCUCCCCGCCCUCCCUCCACGUCCCCGUCCUCUACUUCUCUCUCCUCUCUCUAGGCGUCGCCGUCUCCCCCUCCAACCCGCUCUCCUCCCCCGCCGACCUCGCCCACCAAAUCCGCCUCAGCCGACCCGCCGUCGCCUUCGCCACCUCCGAAACUUCCACGAAGCUCCCGCGGAUCGAUACCCCCGUCAUCAUCCUCGAUUCGCCGCGGUUUCUCUCGAUGCUCGAAUGCGGCGGCGACGCCGCCCCGAGCUCCUCCGCCGCCGUGGAUCAGUCCUCCGCGGCGGCGAUCCUCUACUCGUCCGGCACCACCGGGAGGGUGAAGGGAGUCCUGCUGACGCACCGGAAUUUGAUCGCGUUGGUGGCGGGGCUGUAUCACAACAAGCUGGCGGAAGAUGAGAAAUUGGGGGAGGGGGAGGAGGAAAAUGGCGGCGGCGCUGCGGUGUCGAUUCUGACGGUGCCGCUGUUUCAUGUCUACGGGUUCUUCAUGCUGAUCAGGGCGGCGGCGCUUGGGGAGAGCGUGGUGUUGAUGGAGAGAUUCGAUUUCGUCGGAAUGCUGGAGGCGGUGGAGAGGUAUAAGGUUACCUACAUGCCCGUGACGCCGCCGCUGGUGGUUGCGAUGGCCAAGUCGGAUUUGGUCGACGGGUUCGACUUGAGCUCCCUGCAGGCGUUGGGCUGCGGCGGAGCGCCGCUCGGGAAGGAAGUUUCCGAGCGGUUUCGGCAGAAAUUUCCCCACGUGGAGAUUUUACAGGGCUAUGGUUUGACGGAGAGCACGGGAGGGGCGACGCGAACCAUGGGGCCGGACGAGGCGAAGAGACACGGAUCCGCAGGGCGGCUGUCGGAGAACAUGGAAGCUAAGAUUGUUGAUCCGAAGAGUGGAGAGGCCUUACCUCCGCCACAACGUGGAGAGCUAUGGCUACGAGGACCUUCAAUUAUGAAAGGUUAUGCAGGGGAUGAUGCAGCAACAGCUGCAGCCUUAGAUGCAGAAGGCUGGUUAAAGACUGGAGAUCUUUGCUACUUUGACCAAGAUGGCUUUCUUUUCAUUGUUGAUCGCCUUAAAGAAUUGAUCAAAUACAAGGCCUAUCAAGUUCCUCCGGCGGAGUUGGAACAUUUGCUUCAAUCAAUUCCUGAAAUUGUCGAUGCAGCUGUGGUUCCGUAUCCUGAUGAAGAAGGCGGCGAGAUUCCAAUGGCCUAUGUUGUGAGAAAACCGGGCAGCUCUCUCACUGCAACUCAAAUUAUGGAUUACAUUGCUAAGCAGGUUGCUCCUUACAAGAAAAUACGACGUCUAGCUUUUAUCGACUCGAUUCCGAAAUCUCCGGCGGGAAAGAUCCUCCGGAGAGAGCUCGUUCUUCAUGCUGUUUCUUUCAAUUCAUCAAAAUUGUGAUUUCUUAGGAACUCACCCCAUUUCUCUCAAUUUUUGAUGAUUAUCAUUUAUGCAUACAAUAAUAAUUGCACAUGCACGAAAAAUAAAUGAGCUAGUUAAAUUAAAGCCAAACUUUAAGGGUGUGUUUGCUUUUUAUCCCUCUAAAUGAAAUGAUAAUAUAAUGAGGUAUAAACUUAUCACUUAAAGUGAGAACCAUAUUUGUUAUAUCUUAUUUGAUUUGAAUGAUUUAUCCAUUCCUUAUAAGGUGGUAUUAAAUUA